AGAUGGGUGAUAAUUCAGGUGGAAACCAGACGUUAAAGGCAUCAGCGGAUGCAAUGCUAACCGUCGCUGAGAAGGCUCCCGUUACUUCCCAGAGAAAACUCAGAUUAGAUCUUGAUGCCAAGCUCCCUAAACCUUAUUUGGCGCGAGCCUUGGCUGCACCCGAUACGGAUAAUGUGGAUGGAACAUGGGGACAUAAACACAAUAACAUGUCUGUUCUUCAACAGCACGUAGCCUUCUUUGAUCAAGACGAUAAUGGCAUCAUCUACCCUUCGGAAACCUUUAAAGGAUUUCGUGACCUUGGAUUCAACGUUGUCGCUUGUGUAUUCUUCACUAUGCUUGUGCAUGGAACUAUGAGUUAUGUCACUCUCCCUACGUGGUUACCAUCACCUUGCUUCCCGAUUUACAUAGAAAACAUACACAAGGCCAAGCAUGGAAGUGAUUCUGCCACUUAUGAUACCGAAGGAAGGUUCAUUCCAGCAAACCUUGAGAAUAUAUUCAGCAAAUAUGCACACACCAAACCAGACAAACUCACCUUCAAAGAACUUUGGCAUAUGACUGAUUCAAAUCGUAAUGCCUGUGAUUUCUUCGGCUGGGCUGCAAGUAAAUUGGAAUGGGGAGUUCUUUAUAUGCUUGCAAAGGAUUCAGAAGGCUUUUUGUCUAAGGAAUCGGUAAGGCGAUGCUUUGAUGGAAGUUUGUUCGAGUAUUGUGCAAGGAUGCAAAAGGGUCUAGUUGGUAAAACGACAUGAUUAAGGCUUCUAG